AUGAUCUCAAUACCCUAUAAAAGGAUAGUUAUAGCAUUUUUGGGGAUCGGAUUCUUGGUAUGUCAGGCCAAUUGGAGUCACCAACAACACAUAGAGCUCAAUAAUACAGUGCAGGAGAACAAGAUGGACUUGGAGAAGACGGGUAAAACGGCUUUCAAACGAGCUGAGGAGGAUGAGCUGUUCUGUGCGGUGAUGAACCCGCUCACGGGCAAUUACGUGGACUUGUCGGAGUUGUCUACAACGCCCAAUAUGCAUCGAGGAAACUCGCAAAAAAAGUACCACAACGGCCACAACGGCCACAACGGCCAGGACUGGCAGAAAACACGGUGGCUGGUGAAGGAGCCAGACACGCAUCUGAACUACACACUGGGGAUCUGUUCGAGCGCGACACGGAAGAGCUUGGACUCGCUGGCGAACUCCACGGGUGCGUUCUUCGUGGACCCCGAAUCGCACCAAGAAGUGUCAAUCGGCGACUACGUCACACAGCCGCGUUUUGUGGGCAAAAAACUGACCAUGGCAUACGAAAACGGUGACCUGUGUCCCAACGGCGUCGACAGACGGGCCACGCUGUUGAGCUUUGUGUGCGACAAGGAGAUCCAGUCUAAGGCUCAGAUCAGCUACGUCGGGUCGCUGCACAACUGCUCGUACUAUUUCGAGGUGCGUAGCGUGUACGCGUGCCCGACGUCGCACAAAAGUAACGAUGUCAACGUGCUGGGCAUCUUUUUCGGCAUUUUCUUGGUGUUUUUUGUAGUGGAGUGGGGGAGAAGAUGGUUUUAUGGCAGAGUCCGGGCCAGACUGCGUCACGGCGGGGAAGCUGGGUUCAUGGACUCUCGGCCCCACUGGGACACGAUCGAACGGCCCUCGAGAUUGCGACGCAUUUUGAAGCGGGUUUUCCGUUUCCCAGCACCAAGCCGUACGGCGGGCAUUAAGCUCAGCACGACGGCCCAGUACCACAAUCCAAGCACAGAGUCACUGACCCGCGACAUCGAAGCCCAAAACAAUCUUUUGGACAACUUGGACGUUGCAUCGGCCAGCAGUCGCUGA